AUGUCUCUAAAAGACCGUCUAUCAGAAUUCUACCACAACGUGGUGCUUCCGAACACAGGAGUGCUGCUUCUCCUCGUGGCCCACUUCUUCAACUCCAUCAUGAUCGUCACAUGCAAGUUGUUGGAAACAGACCCGGAAACAAAAGACCACCCGAUCCACCCGCUCCAGAUCCUCUUUGUCCGCAUGCUUAUCACCUACUUCCUUUGCCUAGCGUACAUGCUAGUGACGCGUCUGGUGGACGAGGCGCCGUUUGGACCCAAGGACCAACGCGUGCUCCUCGUGCUCCGGGGCAUUCUCGGCUUCUUUGGCGUCUACGGCUUGUACUUCUCCUUGCAGUACUUGUCCCUCUCGGACGCCGUGUCCAUCACGUUUUUGAUCCCCAUGGUCACGCCGUUUUUUGCCUGGAUCGUGCUAGGCGAACGCUACUCCGUGCUCGAGGCCGUGUGUGCGUUUCUCAGUCUUGGAGGCGUGCUUUUGGUGGCCAAACCAGAGUUUCUCUUUGGGCCUAGACCCGACACCGACAAAGCCGACGACGCCACCGAGUCCUCGUCAACUGAGCUUCGUCUUUUGGGCACCGGCGUCGGCCUUAUCGGCGUCUGUGGCGCUGCUGCCGUGUACAUCUUGCUUCGGAAAAUCGGCAAACUGGCCCACCCGCUUAUUCUGGUGAGCUACUUUGCCUUGACCACCUGCAUCGUCACCUUUGUCAGCACCUUGCUUCUUCCGACGGUGCUGUUUGCCGUGCCCCGCUCGAGCUACCAGUGGUUUCUCUUUGGCCUUAUCGGCGUUUCGGGCUUCUUGAUGCAGUUUUGCCUAACCGCCGGUUUGCAACGGGAGAAAGCCGGCAAGUCCUCGCUCAUGAUCUACUCCACCAUGGUCUACGCCUUGUUUUGGGACUUAGCCAUCUGGGGCCACCUUCCGGGUCUUUUGAGCAUGUUGGGCACCGGACUCAUUGUGCUCAAUGCCACCAUUGUGAUCAAAUACAAGCCCAGCGCAGGCCCGGAGCCUGUGGAAGGCGACGUGGAGUCAAGCCCUGCCGGCUACCACAAGCCGGGUGACAUUGCUCUCGACGAUUUCAUAGUCACUGACGACGACGAGAGCUCAUAG